CUUGAGGGAGGAAUGGCGGCCCCUCGGAGUUUCUUCAACACUCUCUCAGGUUUAUUUUUGUUUUUAAAUGUCUCUUGUGGAUCUACGACCUCUGGCAGCAGGAGAGCAAACCAGGAGCGAUGCAGCUACAAGGUGCAGUCUGAUGCUGAUGGAGGUCGCAGGUUGGCCGUCACCCUCAGAGCUGACAAUUGUUCAAUAAACUACCCGUUGGGGAAACAUGUUAUCCACGAGGUGGCCAACGUUUCCUUCAGCCAUCUGGCCUGCGAGGAUCAGGCUGCUGUCAUUGUCCACUGGUCUGCAAGUCCACUAGGGAUCGAGCACAUUAAAGGCUUCAGAGUUUACCUGGAGGACAAGAACCCCGAGGGGAAGCAGUGUCAGCACCUCCUGCUCAAAGACCCCCGACAGCUCAACUGCUCCUACAAGAACACGAGGCUGAGCAGUCAGACGUUCAGCGGUUUGACCUUUGACACCGAUUACAUGGUUCGUGUUGUUCCUUUCCCCACGCUGAUGAACGAGAGCUUCUUCCCUCCAUCCUUCCUCAGGACCAACUCGUGUGAAGUCCUCCUGGGAUCAGACAACCUGGUUUGCAAACCAUACUGGAAGCCAAAGACCCUGAACGUGUCACAGCUGGGGUCCAACCUCCACGUUGCGUUCGACCAGGCGCCGAGCUCCUUCGGGUUCCACUUCUACUUCCUGUACUACAAACUGCGGCAGGAGGGACCCUUCAGACAGCAGCGCUGCAAACCGGACAUGAACCAGUACAGAACUACAUGCAUCCUCCAGAACGUCACUCCAGGGACUUACAUUAUAGAGCUGAGAGAUGACAGUAAUACCACCAAGAGGCAGACUCAGUACCACGUCAGCCAGGUUCACUCCCCUUGGGCGGGGCCUAUCCGUGCCAUGGCCAUCACCGUGCCUCUGGUCAUCAUGUCUGCCUUCGCCACUCUCUUCACUGUCAUGUGUCGCAAGAAACAGCAAGAAAACAUCUAUAGCCAGCUGGACGAGGAGAGCAGCGAGUCGUCCAAUCAGAGUGCAGCAUUGAACCCGGAGAAGCCGUGGCCCCGCCCCAAAGUCUUCAUCUGUUACUCCAAUAGAGACUGCCCCAAACACAUCGCCGUCAUCCAGAGCUUCGCCUACUUCCUGCAGGACUUCUGCAGCUGUGAGGUUGUGUUGGACUUGUGGGAGCACCUGGAGAUGUGCAAAGAAGGUCAGAUGUCGUGGCUCAGCAGACAGCUGGACGAAGCAAACUUCAUCAUCACCAUCUGCUCCAAAGGCCUACGAUACUACGUGGAGAAGAAGAGCCGCAGAGGGAAGACACCAGUCAGUCGCCGCAGUAACAGCAGCAGCAGCAGCUGCUCCCCUAUUGGUGGAUCAGGGAGUGACCUGUUCAUUGUAGCCGUGGCCAUGAUUGCUGAGAAGCUGCGAUUGGCGAAUCAAAGUGAAGGGGGUGGAUCUCAGGAGCUGCAGCGCUACAUGGCAGUUUAUUUCGACUACUCCACGGAAAACGACAUCCCCACCAUGCUGAGCCUGGCCCCAAGGUUUAAGCUGAUGGACCAGCUGCCUCAGCUCUUCAGCCGGCUCCACUCCAGUCAGUCCAGUUUGUCUGACCGAGAGUCUCAGCCUCACAACGUCUCCCGGAGGAACUACUUCAGGAGCCGGUCGGGGCGCUCGCUGUACGUCUCCAUCUGCAACAUGCACCAGCACAUCAGCCAGAACCCGGACUGGUUUGAGAAGCAGCUGGCUCCUUCAGGAAGUCCCUCAGCCUCCUCUUCCUCCAAACACACUCCAGUCCCGGACCCUAACCCUCCUCCAAAGCCUUCCUGCUCCUCCUGCUCCUCUCAGUCAGAGGGGAGGUGUGACUCUGGCCUGGUGCUGAACGAGGUUGUUGUUAAUACGCCUUCCCUAGAGGAUGGAGAGGGGGCACCGGGGAGGAACAUGCUUCUGCUGGCCCCUGGCUCCACUUCCGGCCUGCACCCUUGCCCAAGCCCUAUUCCCAGUCCUGGACUGCCACACUGCUCCCUGUCCAUGCUUGGAAGCACUUCAAGGUCAACUUCUGGCAUAUCUGGACUCUCACCUGAGCAAUCUUCCUCCUCCUCCUCCGCUCCCUCCAUCCUGCAGGACGUGGUGCGUCCUGUCCUAACUGAGGCAGAAGAAGGCCGCCACUCACCUCCAGAGGUCCCGCCACCUCGUGAUUCGGGCAUCUAUGAUUCGUCCGUCCCUUCUUCAGAACUUUCCAUUCCCCUGAUGGACGGCCUGUCACAUGACCAGGCUGACUCGUCUUCUCUGGCAGACAGCGAAUCGUCUUCUUCAGGGCUGGGUGAUGAGGAGCCGCCUGCUGUGACGUCGCUCCGUUGCAGCGCUGCCACAGUUUGUAAAGCGGAGCUGCACCACCAUCACCACCUGGAGCGCGUCGACGGACUUGCACCUGUGGCCUCAUUGUAGGGGACCAGCCCAAUGAUGUCAUAACAGACCCUAAAACUAAUCGGCCUCGUACCAGAAUCCUCUCUUAAAAGUAAUGGAGAUUAUACUGGAAUUAACUCAAUGCACUGCAGUGGUUCACCUGUGGAAGAUACUGCUCCGUAGUAACUAUGGUACCCACUGCAUGGCAAACCUUGUCUAUGGAAGUUAUUGCAUUUAAAACGGCCUUGGUAACUAUGGUAAGCGCUGCGUGUUCAGAAUAAUGAUAACUACGUCAACCACUAAGUUAUAUGACUAUCCUCCCUGGUAACUAUGGUAACCACUAAGACCUUGGAACUUGUUUACGAUUGUGUAAUUUCCACUGCAUGAUAUGCCACGAUGUCUCACCUGAGCUUCUUUUUUUUCCCAAUCGUUUUCCAUUUUCAGACAUUAUUUUACUUUGUAAUCUUCAUGAUACCAACUUGGUACUAAGUGAGCCAAUGUCAGCCAUGUGCCGAUGCUAUGAGAUGGACUAAAAGAGGCCCUAUUGCUUUUUUUCCCUUUCCUCUAGUGUGUUCUAUAGGUUUUUGUGCAUGUAAAUGGUCUGCUAAGGCUGAGAUUCCAAAAUUCCCUCCAGAGGGAGUUUCUCUCCCACACAGUCGCUCUACCCAGAAUUUAACUUAGAAACAUCAGUCUGCAAAACUACUACAGCACAGCACAGCAUACACUUGACACACCUUUUUUGUUUGCUAUUAAUUCACCGAAUAUUGCAUAGAAAAUGAUGUCACAUCAGUUUAAGUUAGUGUGGGGAACAGCUGAGAAUCCUGCCUGUACUGAGAGGGUGCUAUCAGCACUGAAAACAAAAUGCAAAAAAAGACUUGGUACCAAAAGUGAGAUUGUUGAUGUUGAAGCAUGCAGUAGAAAUGAGGCACAACCACUGAAUGCCUGGUGACUGUGGUAAGAAUGGUAACACCAGCCACAGUGUGUACAGCACUAGUGCCUCGGUUACUAAGUUACCUUGUUUGACUUUUGAAGUACUGGAUCUACAGGUGUUGGCAAAGUCGACCAAAUCAAUCCAAAGACUGCCUCAGCACUACGAUUGAUUGACAGCUGGCUCAAGUAUGAAUUGAUGUUCAAGCACUUUCUGAUGCAGGAACGUGGAAAAAUACAAAGCUACAUGUUCUGAAGCUUCCAGAAAACAACAACUAACAGGAUGAAAGAAUCUUCUGAGGUUCUGUGAUUACCCACAAUGAUUUUGUAAAAAAAAUCUGCAACUCAGAGGAUAUUAUACCAUAUAUAUAUUCAUUUAGGACUCAAUAAGAACUGAAUUAUAUGGGGAAAGCCACAUAUUCAGCUAUGUAGACCUUUAAUAUGUUUUGAUAAGCUGCCAUUUAUUCAUUUGUGGUGCCUUUUUCAUUAUUAUUCUUUGGGUUUUAACAAAUAUGAUUGUCCUGAUGAGUUUAACGUUUAUAUUUGUUGACAAUAGCUCAUAACCAAAGCAGCAAAUACGCACAUAACAGCUGCCUAAUCUCAAAUCAAUAAACUGUAAGAUAACUGUUAAAGAAACUGUCAGAAAUGUACUAAAACCCGCUAAUGUUAUAUAAUAUGGUGGACAAGUUGUGAUAUUCUUAGUUUUUCUCUGCUUUCUAAUUAACAAGUUCAGAACAUGCAAUUCAGACUCAUUCAGCUGGUGGCUAACAUAUUGAAAACUGUGGUUACAUUGAUAAGCUUGUGGAUACAUAUUUUAAAGUUUUGAAUAUUAGUGUUACAUUUAUAUUCAUGUAUUUCUGUUUUAAUUCUUAUCUAGCAUUAUUGCAGGAAGCAGCGAUGAGGAGGGCAUUAUGGAAAGGGUUACUUUUGUUGUAAAAAUCCUUAUUACUAAACCACUUUGAAGAUGCAGAUAUGGAAGCCCAUUCAUGCCAGAAGAAAGACAAAUUCAUGAAAUGUUGUAAAAUAAAAUUAGGAAAUAAUAUCACGUUUUCUGGUUACUAAGUCAUAAAUAUGAGAUACCGUUUAAGUUGUGGAACAAGGUAGUCAUAAUCUUAACCUAACAUUUGUCUUAAUCACUUUUGCAUAUCUCAUUAUUGUGACUAAGUUGUUGUUGUUACUUCAUUUGAGAGUUUUAUUUGAAUAAUUCUUUGCAAAUGAGCUUCCAUACACUUUUAUCCAAGUUGUGUUUCUCCUUUCUCAUGGUUUAAACCACCAUGUGUUUAAAGUUUUAUAAACAGUUUUUAUUUUCCUGCUCAAAUGUUUGGGUGACGACAUGGUUGAGCAUGUUGGACGAGAUGAUUCAGCAUUUCCUACUUGUAAAUAGUAUUCUUAUUUUUAUUUUAACCCUGGAAAUGUCUGUUUUGCUUCAAUUUUAUAAAAGGAGUCGUUGUUUUACUAUUCUUUCUACGUUUGAAAGUAAUGUACUGUUUUAAAGUACCCUAUGUAGGAAAUAGAUACAUUCAUCAAAUAAAAUGUUUGUCUUUG